AUGAAUUUCUUGAACAGUUAUGCACAUGUUACCAUCAGAAGACCGUUUCGAGAAAGACAUUUUGAACUGACACCACACAAAGCUGAUAAAUACCGUAGACGAGUGGAAUACAUAGAGAACAAACGAUUCAAUAGUCGUCAAGGAAAACUACUCGAUUUUUCUUUUAUGGCUCUGACUGGGACUGUUGCUUUAUAUACAGUUUUAUUUGCAGACUUUGGCGAACGAGACCAUUGUUAUACUCCGCUGAGAAAUUGGGUGGCGCAAAAAACGAAUAGGUUAUGGACAUUGAGCGAUAAAGAAAAGCAAGAAUUAAGAGAACAAGGAAAGCUCAAAUGA